AUCGCAUUUCCCUCUAAUAUAUAUAUAUAAUUAUUCAUUCAUCCCUAUCUGUAGAACUGGAGCAAAUCUGCUUUUGCCCUGAUCGGGAAAUUGGGUACACUGUCCAUUUCUCUGCCGGCGAUGUAAUUUGGGGAAAUCCUAUUUACAGGACAAUCUGAAGAGGAAUUUGCAGGUAAGUGGAUUGAUAGCUGUGAAUUCGAGGAAAAUGAGGGGGGUUGAUCGGAUUAACGACGCUUUACCGGACGAAUUGAUAGUGGAGAUUUUCCGGCACGUUGAGUCGAAGUCCGGCCGCGACGCAUGCUCUCUGGCUUGCAAGCGGUGGCUCGGCCUCGAGCGUGUAAGCCGUGAUACAAUACGCAUCGGUGCGUCUGCUUCGCCUGACAAUCUUGUCAAUCUGCUUGGCCGCCGCUUCCCUAACGUGCGAUACAUGUACAUCGACGAACACCAUUCCACAUCAUUGCCUGUGCCGUGUGGAAAACGACGGAGAAGUAGUGAGGCCUCUUCUUCAAAGAGCAGGUUUACUCAUGUCUCUGAUCGAAGUGUGCCUGGAGAGGACGGAGCGGGUUCAUACUGUUUAACAGAUUCUGGAAUGGCUGCUGUUGGGGAGAGCUUUGCGAAACUGGAAAAGUUGAGCCUUAUAUGGUGCUCUACCAUCACGGAUGCAGGGCUAAGAUCUUUUGCUGAGAAAUGUAGAGCACUUAAAUGUUUGGAUCUACAGGCAUGCUAUAUUGGAGAUCGAGGUUUAGCUUCUGUUGGAGAAUGCUGUAAAUGUCUGGAGGAUUUGAAUUUGCGAUAUUGUGAAGCAUUAAGUGACAGUGGACUUGUUCAACUGGUUAUUGGGUGUGGGAGGGCUUUGAAAUCACUUGGGAUUGCUGCUUGUGCUAGGAUUACUGAUGUUGCAUUUGAAGCAGUGGGAUCUCACUGCAAAGCUCUUGAAUCUCUGACUCUAGACUCAGAAGUCAUCCAUAACAAAGGUUUUCUUGCAAUUGCUAAAGGAUGUUCGGAGCUGAAAGUCCUGAAACUGCAAUGCCUAAACAUCACAGACGAUGCUUUGGAAGCAGUUGGUGUUCACUGCUUAUCACUGGAAUCAUUAGCCCUGUACAGCUUUCAGAAAUUUACCGACAGAAGUCUGCAUGCGAUUGGGAAAGGAUGUAGAAAGUUGAAGAGUCUUACAUUGAGUGACUGUUACUUUCUGAGUAAUAAGGGUAUAGAUGCCAUAGCUUCUGGUUGCCCAGACCUCACUCAUAUUGAGGUAAAUGGCUGCCACAAAAUUGGAACUGAUGGGCUCAUAUCUAUUGGAAAAUUUUGCACGAAACUUUCUGAAUUAACACUGCUGUACUGUCAGAGAAUCGAUAGGAAUGGACUUAGUGAAGUUGGUAAAGGGUGCAAGCUCUUGCAAACUCUUCAUUUGGUGGAUUGUGCGGGCAUUGGGGACGACUCCAUGUGUAGUAUAGCCAAAGGAUGUGUGAACUUGAGGAAGCUCCAUCUUCGCCGAUGUUACGGGGUGGGAAAUAAAGGGAUAGUUGCCGUUGGUCAGAACUGUAAAUUUCUCACUGAACUCAGCCUACGAUUCUGCGACAGGAUAGGAGAUGAGGCAUUGAUUGCAAUUGGCCGAGGCUGCUCCUUACAUCACCUGAACGUAAGCGGUUGCCUCCUAGUCGGCGAUGCCGGAAUUCUCGCCAUCGCCCGAGGCCACCCGAACCUCAGUUACCUUGACGUUAGCGUUCUUCAGAACCUAGGAGACAAUGCCUUGGUCGAGGUGGGCGAGUGCUGCCCGCUUCUAAAAGACAUUGUGGUAUCACAUUGUCGACGGAUAACAGACCGGGGCAUCAGCCACCUCUCAAGAAACUGCAAAUUGCUGGAAUCGUGCCAGAUGGUUUAUUGCCCGGGUAUUACUGAAGCUGGAGUGGCUACAAUGGCGACGAGCUGUGCCAGGAUGAAGAAGCUUCUCGUCGAGAAGUGGAAGGUCAGCGAACGGACGAAACGACGCUCAGGUUCGAUCAUUAAUUACCUCUGCCUUGACCUUUGAAAAAAUUUAUUAGCCAAGUUUGGAAAUGAAGAUAUGCAUAUGCAGAGUAGGGCGUGUUUGUAAUUUGUCUGUUUUUGUUUUUGUGGGAAAAUUAUAUGUUGUUUGUUCCUUUUUUUGGAAGACUGAUUUGUGUUGUUUUUAUUGUGUUAUGUUGUUUGUGUGACAAAUGUUGGGAUCUUUAUUUUAUUUUAUUUUAGUUUAAGACGUGUUAUUGAAGUGUGUUAAAUUUGUUAUUCUCA